CCGCCGCUUGGGGCGGUCCCGGAACACUUCCGGCAGACAACUGUGUGUCUGUGAUGUGGCCUUCCGGCAGUUUCCAGCGAACAGCAAGACAACCCGCACUUCCGGAGCCUCCUGGGGUCCGCAGCCGAGCCCGCCCGGGGCCCGCCGCCCCAGCAGCAGUUACAGGGCAGGUAAUGGUACGGCGCCGCCUCUGUAAGACGGGGGAGGGGACACAGGUCAGGGCCCCACUACCGCCGCCGGGUGGCUGAGUCCUGGAGGAGCAGAGCAGCGGCCGCGAACACGUGAGGAUUGCCCCGCAGGUGCCGAGGGCUGAAUGGCGGAGGGUCCGCGCUGCGGGGGUGAGGGAAAGGCGGGAAGCGGACUGAACUUUUUCUUCCGUGCUGGCUAGCGGAGGCACGGAGUCUUUAUCCAAAAUCCCUUGGGCUUUCUUCUGCAGCCCCCCCCCCCCCCCCCCCCGCCCCGGGCUGCGGGGGCUACUUUUUAACUUUCCCCGCCCUCCACCUACUGGCUGGCGAAUGAGGGAGUCUCUGAUUAAAACUUUUUCUCGCAGGAUGUGCGGCCCAGAGCUUAGGAUGGAUCUGCUUGGGCAAUGAAAGCCAAGAGCAUAAGCUUGGCCUUGCUAAAAAAGGUUUUACCCAUAAUCCAGUUUUCAUAAGUUUUGUUUCCUUUUAAGAAAAGAGAAGAGAGUUGACAACAUUGAAAUACAAAAAUUCAUUUCCAAAAAAGCAGAUUUGCUUUUUGCACUUUCCUGGAAAUCAGAUGCACCUGCAACUUCUGAAGUCAAUGAAGACAAUGAAGAUGGUUAUGCAAUCAUGCCACCUUUAGAGCAGUUCAUGGAGAUCCCUAGUAUGGACCGGAGAGAGCUGUUUUUCCGAGAUAUUGAGCGUGGUGAUAUAGUGAUUGGAAGAAUUAGUUCCAUUCGGGAAUUUGGGUUUUUCAUGGUGUUGAUUUGUUUAGGCAGUGGCAUCAUAAGAGAUAUAUCCCACUUAGAAAUCACAGCUCUUUGUCCAUUAAGAGAUGUACCUUCUCACAGUAACCAUGGGGAUCCUUUAUCAUAUUACCAAACUGGUGACAUUAUUCGAGCUGGAAUCAAAGAUAUUGACAGAUACCAUGAAAAGCUUGCAGUGUCUCUAUAUAGUUCAUCUCUUCCACCACAUCUGUCUGGUAUCAAAUUAGGUGUAAUUAGUUCUGAAGAGCUUCCUUUGUACUACAGGAAAAGUGUUGAACUAAAUAGCAAUUCUUUGGAAUCCUAUGAAAAUGUCAUGCAGAGUUCCUUGGGAUUUGCUAAUCCAGGAGUAGUUGAAUUCCUUCUAGGAAAACUAGGAAUAGAUGAAUCUAAUCCACCAUCUUUAAUGCGAGGCUUACAAAGCAAAAAUUUCUCUGAAGAUGAUUUUGCUUCUGCAUUGAGAAAGAAACAGUCUGCAUCUUGGGCUUUAAAAUGUGUGAAGAUUGGAGUUGAUUAUUUUAAGGUUGGACGCCACGUAGAUGCUAUGAAUGAAUAUAAUAAGGCUCUGGAAAUAGACAAACAAAAUGUGGAAGCUUUGGUGGCUCGUGGAGCAUUAUAUGCAACAAAAGGAAGUCUGAACAAAGCAAUAGAAGAUUUUGAGCUUGCAUUGGAAAACUGUCCAACUCAUAGGAAUGCAAGAAAAUACCUCUGUCAGACACUUGUUGAAAGAGGAGGGCAGUUAGAAGAAGAAGAAAAGUUUUUAAAUGCUGAAAGUUACUAUAAGAAAGCUUUGGCUUUGGAUGAGACUUUUAAAGAUGCAGAGGAUGCUUUGCAGAAGCUUCAUAAAUAUAUGCAGAAAUCUUUGGAAUUAAGAGAAAAACAAGCUGAAAAGGAAGAAAAGCAGAAAACAAAGAAAAUAGAAACAAGUGCAGAAAAGUUGCGUAAGCUCUUAAAAGAGGAGAAAAGGCUAAAGAAGAAAAGAAGAAAAUCAACUUCUUCCUCUUCAAGUGUUUCUUCUGCUGAUGAAUCUGGUUCUUCUUCAUCUUCUUCCUCUUCUGGUCACAAAAGGCAUAAGAAACAUAGGAGGAACCGUUCAGAGUCUUCUCGAAGUUCCAAAAGGCAUUUAGCUAAUAAGGCAUCCUCAAGUCAGAUAGAUCAGAAUAGGAAAGAUGAGUUCUUCCCAGUUCCAACCAAUACUUUAGCAUCUUUUCUUAACCAAAAACAAGAAGUGGAAAAACUACUGGAAAAGCAGGAUAGGUUACCAUAUCAAAAGAAACAGGUAAAAGAGAAAGAUAGAUGCCCUGUCUCUUCAUCUUCAGUUGAAAUUCCGGAUGAUUUUGGAGGUAGGUCUGAAGAUCCAAGAGAUUUUUAUUCUCAGGCAAGUAGUAGCAAAGCAGAAAAACCAUAUAAAUCAGAAAAACAUUUCUCCAGUAGAAGAGAUUCCUCAGAUUCCUUUUAUAGGAAUUCAGAGGACAAGGUGAAAAUUUAUGGUUACAGAAGAUUUGAAAAAGAUACAGAGGGAAGAAAAGAACACUAUAGAAGGUGGGAGCCAGGUUCCAUGAGGCAUUCCACUUCACCAGCCAGCUCAGACUACUCUUAUAAAGCGGUUGAAAAAUAUAAAAAAUAUACUUAUUCUGGAUCACGUGAUUUUGGUAGACAUGAACAAAGAUACCAGUUAAAUAAAAAUCAAGGAGAAUAUGAAAUAGAGGAUACUUACGAGGAGGACAUUAAAACAGAGGCUCCAGAAACAGAUGGACUAAAUAGCAAAGAGCAGUCAGAAAGUGGAGUUAAAAAAAAUUUACCUCAAAAUUUACUCAAUAUAUUUAAUCAGAUAGCUGCAUUUGAAAAAGAAAAAGGAAAUAAGCCAAAAAAUUAAUAUGCCAAGGGAAUCAGCACUCUUACACAAAAGGCUGUUAAUGAAAGUUUUGGGUCUUUUAUUUAAGUCCAGUGCAGAAAUCUCCACUCCAAAAGCUAUUUUAUUUGUAGAGAUUGCAGAAAGCAAAUGCUUUUCAGCUAUUCUCAAAAUAUAUUUGUUUCAGUUGUGGGUGUCCUCACAGCUUGAUUUUUAGGCUUUUCAUGUAUGUUUCUGUACAGUAUUUCUUACUGUGAUGAUUUAAACUUCACCUAAAGAUAAUUCUCAUAGUAUUGCUUCUUCACUGUAUUAAAGUAUAUGAGAAUUCCUUGGGUCCACCUUAUCCUGCUGUUUGAGAGAAAAUUAAAUUUAUUCAUUGAA